AUGGGGAACAAGAAGAACAAGGUGCACCUGCCGGACACGUCAUCUCUUAUCCAGACAGGUCGGCAGAAUCGGCCCUGCAAAGACAUGAUGCCGUCGCGGAAACAUAUGAUGAACCUGAACCAGCAGUCUAGCCAGCAGUGCCUGGCGAGGGUGAAGCGCGACUUUACCGACUUCCACACUGAUCAGCCACCGGGCGUGUUUAUGGCCCCCGACGAGAAGGACAUGACCACCGUCCACGCCGUCGUGCCGGGAGCUGCAGGCACGUCGUACGGAUGCGGCUUCUUCCACCUGCUAGCUCAUCAAGUGCACCAACCAGUACCCGAUGUCGCCGCCUCUGGUACGCCUCGGGACACGGGAAGGUCGACGGUAAUGGCUGGCCGCGUAAAUGCCUGGGACCCCCUCGAACACAAGAACGAGGAGCCGUCGCCACAAUGCCUGCACAGGGUGCAGCGUGACCUGCUGGAGCUCCACACUGACCCUCCGCCGGGAGUGUUCGUCGCGCCGGAGGAGAACGACUUGAGCAUGCUCCACGCCGUCAUCGUGGGCUCCUGGGGCACGCCUCUCCAAGGUGGCCUCUUCCACCUGCUGAUUAAGUGCCCGCGCGACUACCCGAUGGUGCCACCUCGCGUGCGCUUCAUGACGGUGGAAAACAAGGUGUCCUUCAACAGCCACAUCCACGGCGGGUGGGUCUGCCUCAGCAUACUCGGCACGACUACGGGACCGCCUUGGAGCCCGGCCCUGAGCAUCGCAAGCCUGCUCGUCUCCAUCCAGUCCAUGAUGACCGACGGCGCUCAAGAGAGCAUGCGCCACGACACGAUCAGGGUAGCCGUGUGCGGCACGCUCGAAGCCUGCCUGCAGGAACCGCCAGCCUCGCCUCCGAUGCCGCCGGCUCUGACGAAGCAGGUCCUCAAGUACUUCGCGGACAACUACGCCAAGUACGAGGACGCGGUGAAACUGCGGUUGAGCUUCCCAGCAGUGCUCUCUUGGAUGCUGAGUAUGACGAACAAUUACGAGCCGCUGCUCAAGCGACUUCGCGACAUCAAAAAGAGGAUCGAUGAAAGAAACCAGGUGGACGAAGGACAGACCAGCAAGGAGUGA